GACGAGAUGCUAGAUCAACUCAACAGCUUUACGGGCGAACUCGCUCGUAUGAAUGAAGCUAGCACAGCUCAAAACAACAAGAUCAACGAACUUUACGAACGCGAGAUCACAAUUACUCAAACUCGAAUUGAAAACGAGCGUCUCAACUCGGAAUUGCUAGCUGCUCAUCGACGUGCUGAGCUUGAAUUGCAACAGAAACGAUUUGACUUUGAAUCACAGCAGACUGACACUUCCAAUCAAAAAUUUGAAGCCCUUGAGACAAAAAUCAAGUCGAUUGCCGAAGCUCAACAGCUCAACUCCGCAAACCUCGAGACCAAAAUUUCCUCGAUUGAUCAGACAUUAGCAACUAUGAUGCAUCAUUUGGUGGGAGGCUUACCUGCCAAUAGUGGCCAAUGAGUUGGCGUGCGAUUUUGAGGACAUUUGUGAUGUUCAAUCCGUGAUCGAUCAAUCUGAACUUCUGAACAAGGCCUAACUUUAAUGUUCUAUCUGUGCUCAAUCAUCAUAACCUGGUUUAUAGUCAUCAUGUCUUCUAACAAUAGACAACUCAAUAUGAAUACGAAACUUACAAGCUUUUCAACUUCUGAUCGAGUGAAAUUAUGGGUUACAUUUUGAUGUUCUAUCCGUGAUCGAUCAUUCUCAACUUCUGAACAAGUCCUAAUUGUAAUGUUCUAGCUGUGUUCGUGCAUCAUAGCCUGGUUUUAAGAUAUGUAGUCUUCAUGUUUUGUAACCAAGAACAACUCGAAAUGAAAAGUGCCUUUAAUUGAGAUUGGGUCUAAUCCUGAAC